AUGAGCACACAGGUCCAGGGGUCAAUUGCAAAGAGCUACCCUGCCCGAGUGAAGUCAUCUUCAUACCGUAGUGACAAGAUUCGUAUAACGUUUAACCCUCACUCCGAAGAAACAAGGCUCAAGGCCAAGAAUUUCCGUUCAUGGCCAGCGGCAUCUUGGCCAGCCGAAGAGCUCAGCCACACCAAUCAAAGUAAGCAAGUAAUCCGCUUCCACAGGUGCCCGUUCUCCAAACCUUGUGCUCCUAUUUGUAGACUCAACAGGGUCAAAAACAACGAGGAGAAGCCCCCCAACACAGCCGCGCAGUCACACCACACAAACGGGUCGGGCGCCUAA